AAAAGACGACCCUCUUUACAAAUCUCUCUCUUUCUAAUAUGGGUUGAAUCGAAGAAGAAGAAGAAGACAGCUGCUACUUUGCUCCGCAUUGACAGAAUUAUCCAUCAAAUCUUCUAUACCGUAAUAAAUCAUUUUCAUUCUCUCUAGAUUAUUGGCAAUCCGAUCCAUAGGUUUUAGAACACAAUUUUCUCUCUCUAUACCUCCCCCAUAUUCUAAUAUCCAAUUGUAUAGGUUCCCCAUAAUCAUAGGCCAAAACGCGAGAUCCGGAGCUCCAGUUUCCGAUCGAUCAUGUCGAAAACUUUGCCGUAUUCAAUGAAAGAUGUUCGCUACGAUAACGCAAAGUUUCGCCAGCGAUCGUGUUCUCAGGUUCUUUCUCAGGCUAUGUUGUCCUCUAAUGUAAAACGUAACUGUACAAGAUGUAGCACAGGAAGGAUCUUGUUGUUAAUGAUGGUUGCCGGUUUGACAUUUCUACUUUUAAAUCAUAACAAUCAAACUAGUAAAGUUAGCCUUUCAAAUCGUGUUGGAACUGAGGAAAAGGAGAACCUCAAUGCUGAUGGUAGUAGCAGAUUUAGUAAAUUCUGGAGGAAGCCACCGAGAAUCCCUCCUCGAUUAACGCCUGAUGAAAUGAACAGUAACAAAAGCUCCGAGAGUAUUGAUGCAAAGAUUAAGUGGGAAGCCAGACAAGAAGAUGUCAAAAAGGCAUUUAUCCAUGCAUGGACUGGCUAUAAAACUUUUGCAGUGGGUUAUGAUGAACUUAUGCCAAUAAGCCAAAGAGGAAUUGAUGGUUUAGGAGGUUUAGGUGCUACUGUUGUGGACGCUCUAGACACAGCUAUGAUUAUGGGUGCAGAUGAUAUCGUUUCUGAUGCAGGCUCAUGGAUUGAAAAAAAUCUUCCUGGGAGAAUCCGUGAAAAAGGAAACGUUAAUUUGUUUGAGACCACGAUACGCGUUCUUGGUGGCCUACUGAGUGCUUAUCAUCUACAAAUCGGGAAAAACACAGUUCACAAAGGACCGAGUGAAAAUGUCUACCUAGAAAAUGCCAAGAACUUGGCUGAUCGUCUGUUAACUGCUUUCACAUCAAGUCCCACUGUUAUUCCAUUUAGUGAUGUUGUUUUGAAUGAUAACACUGCCCAUACUGCUCCAGACGGAUUGAGUAGCACAUCUGAAGUUUCCACACUUCAGCUUGAAUUCAACUAUCUCAGCUUUCUGACUGGUGACCCGAAGUAUAGCUUGGCAUCGAUGAAGGUUUUGGAACAUUUGAAAACUCUUCCAAAGACAGAAGGACUAGUUCCAAUCUACAUAAGCCCUCAAACUGGUCAAUUUAGUGGGGAGAAUAUUAGGUUGGGAUCACGUGGCGACAGUUAUUAUGAAUACCUCAUAAAAGUUUGGCUUCAGGACCGAGAUGCAAAUAGGACAUAUUUGUAUGAUAUGUAUACAGAAGCAAUGAAGGGUGUGAAGCACCUUCUAGUUCGAAAAUCUGUCCCAAAUGAAUUGGUUUUCGUGGGUGAAUUGCCCUCUGGGUCUCAAGGAUCUUUUAGUCCAAAAAUGGAUCAUCUGGUAUGUUUCCUUCCGGGCACACUAGCUCUGGGUGCCACCAAGGGCCUCAAAAAGGAAACAGCUAUGAAGAACAAUUUGCUAAACUUUGAAGAUCUUGAAAAUUUGAAGCUUGCUGAAGAUCUGGUUAAGACAUGCUACGAGAUGUAUGAAGUAACAUCUACUCGUCUUGCUCCAGAGAUUGCUUAUUUCAACAUGGAGGCACAGUCAGAAGGAGAUGGUCACGAGGGGGGAAACAAAGAGUCAAAAUAUGCAAAGGACAUAAAAAUCAUGCCACUUGACCGGCACAAUCUUUUGCGUCCUGAAACUGUAGAAUCGUUGUUCGUUUUGUAUCGAAUCACAGAAGACCCAAAAUAUCGGGAAUGGGGUUGGGAGAUCUUCAAAGCGUUUGAGAAGUAUACAAAGGUUGAAUCCGGCGGUUAUACAUCUUUAAACGAUGUGACGGUUAUUCCCCCAACAAAAAGAGACAAAAUGGAGACAUUUUUCUUGGGUGAAACACUCAAGUAUCUUUACUUGUUGUUUGGAGACGAAAAUGUUAUUCCUUUGGAUGAGUUUGUUUUCAACACGGAAGCUCAUCCUCUUCCAAUUCAUCCUCAACAACGAGGAGCAACAACUGUCGCCAGCCAAUGAAAUGUGAAUUGAAAUAAAGUUUUUGAACAUAUAUGAUGUGGUUUAUAAGAGAUAGGUUAAAUGUGAAGAAAAAUUGAUGCUGGAAUGCCCAACACGAAGAAAGUCGAGACAGCUGCUCGGAUAUAUUACAGGUUGAGAUCGUUUUUAGGCUAUAAUUUUGCAGUUUCAAACUUAAACAAAAUGCCUAUUGAGUCUAUAAAUAUUGGAACUUUUUAAACUUCUUAUACUUUUUUUUUUGUAAUUCUCUUCCAAAUUCAUAUCACUAUGUUUUUUUUACAACUUCAAAACACUCAGAAAAAUAUUGGUGACUAGCUCCUCAUGUUAAUGUAAGACAGUGAAUUUCAGGUUCAAUUCAAAUUUCAUUGAAAAUGUGUUUAAGUUGUUGA